GUAAAAGGAUGUAAUUUGAGAAAAAUCUAUCUCGAUAAUAAAUUUGUUUAUAUUGAAAAAAAAAUCCAUUAUUCGAAUGUCCAACUGAUUGAUGAUUUUUUGAAGACAAACACCAAGGUGUGCAUUAGAUACACGGAUGACAAUCAGGUUAUACGCAUAUCGAAAAAGUCCGGAAUUGUCAUUCCGUGGCCCUCCAAGACGAAUAAAGAGGACGAAUUUGACGAUGUGGAGGAAAAUCCCCUGGAUACGCCACCGCAAGAGGCCCUCAAAAAGACAUACGACUACAAGGCUGAUGUGAAGUUCAUGAAUAUAUUACGUCAGACGGUUAACAAAUACAACAGGGAACUGUCCUAG